AUGAUGGCUGACGCCGAGGCGCAAGCCGAAUUCGAGGAGUUGCGUGGGCUUUCAGUUCGAGACCCUAAGCAGAAACAACGAGCUAGCCUAGCAGCGCGCCGUCGUAGCAAACUGAGAUCCACUUCGCACGCUCAGCUGCAACUUCAGGCAGACGAGGGGGACCAGGGGGAGUUACCAGACCGUGAAAGCGUAGAAAAGACACUUGUGCACCUAUUCACGGUUCUCGACGACAGACGGAAGGCCCGCAACGGAACUAACUCUACACCGGCAGAGGCUGGCAAUCCGUUGCCUUUGAAUUCGGCUAGUUCUUCCAGCGGAGGUGCUGCCUUGGCGGCGGAACGGAGAUACGCCGACAUAGUGAUGAGCUGCCGAUUGACCCCGGCUGAAGUCACAGGGUUUGUUGCAGAAGCAAAGGUCGACCCACUUGUACAAGAAAUAAGCUAUACUGAGCACAUCAAAGCUUGGGUUGCGACAAUAUUUGAAAUCAGGAGAUCGCACUUCUGGUACAGUGUGAGUCACAACUUGCUGGAUGAAGGGACAGUGGUCAAGUAA